AUGGGAGCCGGGGAGUCGGCACCUCAAGGGGGCAGCCCCAGUGGUACAGAGCCCAAAAGGGGAAGGUCCUGUACCAGAAAUGAUGCUGCUGUUUAUCAAAUCUCGGCUAAAAACUGUUCUGGAAUGAUCUGCUGCUCUGCUUCCAUUGAGGUCGAGUGCUCAUUGGAGAACCCACAGCUCUCUCCUAACCUGAAAGAUGACAGGAACACAGGUUGGAAAUAUGAAACAGAGGCAAGUGAGGGGAAAAGCACAAAUGGCAUUGAUAAGAAGGAACAUCCUUUUAAGGAAGCAGACAGUGUCUCCCCAGGUGCUCCCACGCCAUUUGAUUCCUGUCCCCUCAAAUUCAACUGUUUACGCUCACUCCAGUUAUCGGCCAGUAAUGACACUAGUGCAGCCAGUUCUGAAGCCCCCUCGGAUGUUAACGGAACAAAGCAAACUGAACAGGCUGAGGAUCCGAAUACCACAGAGGAAACUGCAGAUGGGUCGCUUCUCCUUCAUUCAAGCAAUACUCCUGAAAAACAAGAUGUUUGUCACCACAGGCCAGCACAUUCCAAAGUACCAAGGUUGGUAGGUGGUGGCCUAAGCAAUGACAGCCCUAAUGAUGAAGCCUUAUACUCUAGUCAUCAGAGUCCCAAAGUGCAGAAAUACAUCAGCUUCAGCCAACCGCUCUCCGAGGCGACGGCCUGCAUUUCCCCAGGUGACAGUGCCAGGGUCAACAAGCAACUCGGCCCACAGGUUUCCAGCAAAGACACUGACGGUGACUAUGAGCUUUGCCCAGAGAUAACCCUAACCUACAUGGAAGAAUUUUCAGAUGAUGACCUGGAGUAUCUGGAAUGUUCCGACGUUAUGACAGAUUACACUAAUGCAGUUUGGCAAAGGAACCUGCAGGGGACUGAGCAUGUUUUUUUAUUAGAAAGCGAUGACGAAGAGAUGGAAUUCAGUGAGCAUGGCCUGGGUGGGUGUGGGCACUUCCUCAGUGAAAUGGGUUGCGGGCCUCGGGUGUCGGAUGACACUGAGUCUAUGGGCGCCACCACUGGCUUCUGUGGUUAUCACUCACGGCCCCAAGAAGUGGGGACAAGGAACAGCAGAGCCUGCAUGCACGGCCCCUUAUCCUCACAAACAGGGAUGACUCUUACGUUGGGACCUCACCAGGAUGGAACAUCUACGGUGACAGAACAGGGGAGAUAUAAACUCCCUGCUUCUUCUGAGGCUGCUGAAAAUGAUUAUCCAGGAAUUCAAGGAGACAGAGAUAGCCACCAAGCAGGAGAGGAAUUCUCCAGUGACCAUCUGCUAAACAUGGAUAAAGCAGCGACAGAGACCCAGAGGAAGCCCUUGUCUGGUGAGUUAGAAAAAUCAGGGAUGAGCCAGUUUUUGGAGAUGGCUGAGAAGAGAGAAGGGGAAAAGGGCUUGUGGAGUAAGAGGGGCCUACAGACACCUGCCAGGGGGAGGCGACCAGGAAUUAAGGGAAAACCCAAGAAGCUGAAUGCCAACCUAAAAGAGAGUGCAACAGCAAGCAGCCUUAAUCUUCUCCGUCCCAAAGGACUUGCUAAGCACCCGCUAACCCGGAGUGGUGAAAGAGAGACUCCUCAUGCCAAAGCAGGAGCUGCUGAUUGGAAUUCCCACUUCCAUGCAGGAGAAUGUGCCCCUUCAACCCAGGCAGAGCAAGAAGUGGAAACCCUCCAAACUCCAACAGACUCACUCCCCAAAGCAGGGGACGCUGGCUUCAAGGGAGAAGGGAUGCAGGUUAAUAACCUAUUUGAAACAAGCCAGUUUCCAGACCCAGGUAAUCGUCCUCAGGUGCAAAUUCAGGAAAUGGUCAGGGAGAGAACAUGUCUCAGCCAGAUGCCAGCUUUCUCAGAGCCUGCCGGGGAGGAGUCUUCAUUCAUCGGGACCACAACAAAUUCCUUCCCCAACUCAGGAGGGACCCAUGAGGAACACGCAUCAUUGGCCCGAUACCUGGAGGUAGAAAGCUGUACUCAAGGCCCACAGCAUGAAGAAAAACAAGACAGAGAAUACAACACUCCUAGCCAUUGCUGGGAAGACCUUGAACAUGAGUUGAGCAUCUCAGAAGCCAAGGGUGGAAUUCUGUCCCCAGGGGGGCUCUCCGCACAUCUCCCCCAGGACGCCAGUGCUGGGCACAGGUACCCUGAGGCUCUCUCUGUCGCUUCCACUGAACACACAGAUCCUGCCCUCACUCUGCAAAAUGUGUGCGAUGGGCCAAGGGGCAGAGAAGUGGCGUGUAUGAUGGAGUGUUUUGAAGCCGGUGACCAAGGAGCGUGUUGUGAUGCCACGGGUCCUCCUGUGGCAGCACCAGCGGAUAAAUAUUUGCCUCAAGAAAUUUGCUCCACAGACUUCACACUGGCAGGAGUUCCAAGCAAAGCCAAAUACCUUGCUGUUUCCAUUGCUGAGAACAACCACGCAGAUGGUGCUGAGGAGAGCUCACCUCAGGCACCAGAGGAGAAUAUUGUCCAAUUUCCUUCCAAUGUACAGUUUGGUCAUAUUUUAAGUGGCCCCACCACCAAACCUACAGAAGACCCACUUUGCAUGGCAUCCAGUGUACCAAGGGCCCACAGCCAUGUCCCCCAGCUCCCAGAGGGAGAAAGUUUCUGUAGCGAUUCCCUUCUUCAGAUUGAUAGUCAGACAGGAGAUGAGAGCCAGACUAGGGACAGAGCAGCCAAUAGGAGCCUUAAAGAGCACUUCCAGGAAAAAAGAAGUGAAACAAAGCAGAGGAUCCAGCAGAAAAGCCUGGCCCACCAGGGUUCUCUUUCUGCGGAUGAUUCUCAAGAAAGUGUGCCCACCACAUCUCCUGCGCAAGAGGAAAUGAACUGGGUGCCCUUGGAGCACUCACCAGCAAACUCCAGGGAAGAAAGAGGACAGAGCUCAGGCCUGGGGAUGAGUGUCUCCAUGGCGGAUGAAGACAGUCAGGGUCUGAGCAAUGUUUCAUCUCUCUCGAGUGUUCUUCUGGAGGAGUCUAAAGAGAAUGGAUUAGGACAUCAGGAAGCAGGCAACAAGCUGAAGAUUAUAACUCUAGAGGCUCCUGUUUCAGAAAUCUGGCCACCCAGAGAACUGACACAUUCUGAGUGCAAAGAGUUGGAAGCUGGUCCCAUAGUGCCUGACAGGGUCUGGGCUGUACCUGAUGUUCUAAAGGCAGAUACCGCUGUGCCUGAACUGGAUGCCUCUGGAGUAGCAACAGUGGCUCACAGUCCGCAGCAUGAGUCUGACUCAGCCCCUGUGAAUAACAGAGAGAUCCAUAAAGGUGAAGAACUGGGCCGCAGAGCACACUGGAGCAGUCUUUCCUCCCAGUAUUUGAGCCAACCCAGAUUCCUGGAGUCAUCCGUGGACCCCAUAGAUGAAAAGGCAUUAUGUGUUGCAGAUUCACUACCAGAGGCUUCCAAAACCGGAAGGAAGGAAGAUGUUAACAACGUGAGUCGAGGCCAGGGGGAAAACCAACUCAAGGUGGAUCACCCUGGCUUCUUUAAACAGUUUCUGACCUGCCCUAAAAUCCUAGAGUCCUCUGUCGAUCCCAUUGAUGAAACAAGUUUGAUAGAGUGUACAGGAGCUGGACAACAAGUGCCUUCUGAAUGCACACAGGGGGUCAUCGGAGAGGGCAGUAAAUUGAAUGAUGGAAACUUGGGCCAGAGAGUGGAAGUCCAACCUGCUGUUUUGCAAGUUCCAGAGGAGACCCUUCCAAGUGAAAGCAGAAGCCACAGAAACCAAGAGGACAGCGAGAGAGGGGCGGCCAAACAAAGUCAACACGGUGAGGCAGAAGUGGAAGCCCACCCUGCCAUUUGGCAAGUCCCAUGUGCUGAUGGAGGCAGGGAGAGAACUCCAGGUGGAUGCGGCAUAAACCAGAUACAAGAAGGCACCGGCAGAAGCUUAGCCGAACAGAGUAAAAAGGACAAAGCAGGGUUCACUUUCCCCAUGUCACCUCUUCCUAGAUGUCUUGCGAUGACGACUCCUGAAUCUGUUGUGGUUGAUACUCACAAUUCCACAGGCUGGAUUCAUGACAUCUCUGAAAAUGACUUAGUUGAGCCCCCACAUCAUCAGGAUGUAUUUUCUGACUCAAAGGAAAGAGGAACUAUCGAGAACAAGUGUGGGAAACAUUUGACCUCUUCUAGCGAUCUUACGCGAUUGCCUAGUACUUCAUCUCUUAAACGAAAUAUCACACGCAUUUCAAUAAGCCAUGAAGUUCAGGAACCUAAAAUAGAGGAGCCUGAAAUUGGGGAAACCAAACUCCCAAGCUCAUCUGUCUCGCCAACAAUGACUUUGGCAUUCAUUUCAGGAGAAUGUGAGUCAGAGAAAGCCUCCAGGUUACUGCAGGACCUGUGUCAAAAGUGCACCCUGGGAUGUGUGAAAAAGCCAAGGGAAAAGGACAGGCUCAGCCACUUGGCAGCCCAAACUGGCAAAUUACCAGAGGCCCAACCAGCAGUGACUGGCUCAAAGGAGGUCAAGAAAAAGCAAGAGACCUCAGGAAGUGGACAUUUAGCUGAGGGAGUAAAGAAGAAAAUUCUGUCCAGGGUGGCAGCCUUGAGAGUGAGAUUGGAAGAAAAAGAAAAUGUCAGAGAGAACUCAAGCUUUCUAAAAAAGAUUCCUAAACUAGAGACAUCGUUAUCAUGCCCAGAUGAGAAAAAAGACUCCAAAAAGUCACCAUGCAAAAGAGAAGGAAAAGCUCCAGUAUUACUGAAAAAGAUCCAAGCCGAGAUGUUCCCUGACCACUCUGGAAAUGUAAAACUAAGCUGCCAGUUUGCAGAAAUUCAUGAAGAUUCUACCAUCUGGUGGACAAAAGAUUCAAAGUCAAUAGCGCAAGUGCAGAGAAGUGCAGGGGACAACUCCACUGUUUCCUUUGCCAUCGCUCAAGCCAGUCAGAAGGACCAGGGUCACUAUUACUGCUGCAUCAAGAACAGCUAUGGAAAAGUGACUGCUGAGUUUAACCUCACAGCCGAAGUUCUCAGACAGCUUUCAAGUCACCAGGAUGUAAGAGGAUAUGAGGAGAUUGAAUUCAGCCAGCUCAUCUUCAAAGAAGACUUUCUCAACGACAGAUACUUCGGGGACCGCCUGCACGGGCAGAUUGCCACGGAGGAGCUGCACUUUGGAGAAGGGGUCCACCGCAAAGCCUUCCGCAGCAAAGUGAUGCAGGGCCUCAUGCCCGUCUUCCAGCCUGGCCAUGCCUGUGUGCUCAAGGUACACAACGCCAUCGCCCAUGGGACCAGAAACAACGAUGAGCUCAUCCAAAGGAACUACAAACUGGCUGCCCAGGAAUGCUAUGUUCAAAAUACUGCCAGAUACUAUGCCAAGAUCUAUGCUGCUGAAGCACAGCCUCUGGAAGGCUUUGGAGAAGUGCCAGAGAUCAUUCCUAUUUUUCUUAUCCAUCGACCUGAGAACAACAUCCCUUAUGCAACAGUGGAGGAGGAGCUGAUUGGAGAAUUUGUGAAGUAUUCCAUCAGGGACGGGAAGGAAAUAAACUUCCUGAGAAGAGAAUCAGAGGCUGGCCAGAAAUGUUGUACCUUCCAGCACUGGGUGUACCAGAAAACAAGUGGCUGCCUGCUGGUUACGGACAUGCAGGGUGUGGGAAUGAAGUUAACUGACGUUGGCAUAGCAACACUGGGGAAAGGGUACAAAGGAUUUAAAGGCAACUGUUCCAUGACCUUCAUCGAUCAGUUUAAAGCGCUACACCAGUGUAACAAGUAUUGUAAAAUGCUGGGACUCAAGUCCCUUCAAAACAACAACCAGAAACAGAAGAAGCCAGGCACGGGGAAAAGCAAAGUGCAGACGAAUUCCACAACAGUGGGGAAGACAGACUCUGGGACCCCAGCAGAAAAGAAAACCUAACAGCCCUCAUUAACUAACGGCCCCCAGCUAGCAGCACAGUCUUGUGAGUGAAAAUCUGCAAACACGCAGGAGAAAAUACACAGCCUGCACAGAGUGUGUGACCAUCCCUGUUCCCAGCCGACUGUGCUCCCACAUGCAUCUAAACCCGUCACCUGCUGUCUUUGCUGAAAUGAUUUCCGAACAGGAUCUGUGACCAGACUUAUGGAGAGACUGAAUCAACUGUCCAUUCUUUGUAUACACGUUAAGUCUUUUUACCAACCUCAUGUCAUGUCUGUUUGUGUAUUUGCGUGUGGUUGUGUUGUCGAGGACUUGGUGCUGAGCAGGGUCUGUCCACAACCAAAAUCCUUUCCACCCCCAUUCCUAACCUCGGGAUUUCUAGACAUAUCCAGCUGUGAUGUAAACAGAAAUCAUGAAUUCCCCCACUGGGUUGAGCUUCACUAGUGUUGAAGAAGCUGUGGUUGCUGGAGAUGGCUUCUGAAACCUAAGGCCAUUUCCCAUUGUUAUUCACAGAGCCAGUUACAAUGUUCUGUUCCAUUAAAUUCAUAUAUAAACAUAAAGUGUAAGAUGUU